AUGGCUGUUGAUCAAGGUAACCGUGUCAACUAUGACCGUACUACUCUUUUGGCCUUGGCUGGUAGUCCGUUUGCUAAGGUCCCUCCCGUAAAGAUGGCUUUCAUCCCAGGUGUUACUAGAACCCCUAAUCAAAGUGAUGUCGUUAUGUCUUUCCGUAAGUCUAAGGACAGAAAGAAGGAGAAGGAGAAGGAGAAGAAGACAUUCAAUCCUUUCGCUCUCCUUGGCGAUGACGAGUAG